AUGGACCCAAACUUGGCAGGCCAAUGGCUGCAGCAGUCGUUUUCGUGGGACCCCUCAGCCCUGGAGGCCCGCCCCGCAAAGGCGGUGCCAGCCCGUAAGGCGGCCGGCGCCGCCGUUUGCCAGGUUGAGGGCUGUGGCGUCGACCUCACAGGCCUCAGAAACUUUUUCCGGAAGCAGCGGAUCUGUGAACUGCACGCCCGCGCCGACGUGGUAACCGACACUGCUGGCCGCCAGCUGCGCUUCUGCCAGCAAUGCACUCGCCUGGAACCGCUGAUCAACUUCAAUGCCGGCCGGCGCAGCUGCAAGACCAGCCUGGCUAAGCGGCAGGCGCGUGCACACCGCGGCAAAGCGCACAGCAGCCCCGACAGCAGUCCUGAGCGGGGUGGUGCGCCCGCCUCAGGCCUCGGCAGCAGCUCCAGCGAAGGGGAGGGCAGUCUAAACGCCAGCAGCGGCAAGGGCAGCAGCCGUCGCUCCGGCGGCGCCGUGCUGACCUCCAAGCGCAGCCGCGGUAGCCCACCGUUCAGCGGCGCCGCCUCGCCAGGCUUGGCAGCCAUGACCAGCAACGAAAGCUCGCGCCUGGCCUCCCCCGGCCGCUACCCAGCACGUCUGCAGCAGGGCAUGCCGGCGCAGGGCCAGCCGCAGCCACAGCGCCUGCUGCCAUUGCCGCUGCAGCAGGGGCCGGAGGAGAUGCUGUGGAGCAGCUCGCUGUGUGAGAAUGACAUUGAAGAGCUUUUGGCGCUGGACCCAGGCUCCUACUCCUACGCAUGA